UUGUUUUAUAACUCUUCCUCUCUUUCUUUUUAUCUUCUCUUCAUCCUCCUCUUCUUUUGUUUUGUAAUCCCUUCUCUUUUUUUUUUUGUUUUCCACAUAACCUCUUCUUUUUUUUUUUAUAUGUCUUCCUCUUUUUCUUCUUUUAUUAUCUCUUCCCCUCCUCCCCUCUUUUUUGUUUUCCUCCUCUUCUUUUUUUGUUUUGUAACUCCUCUCCUCUUUUUGUCUUUUAUCUUCUCUUCCAUCCUCCUCUUCUUUUUUUGUUUUGUAAUCCUCUUCCUUUUUUUUUUCUUCUCUUCCACAUUCCUCUUCUUUUUAUUUUUUUAUCCUCUUCUAAUUUUUUUGUUUUAUAACUCUUUCCUCCCUUUUUUAUGUUUUGAACCUUUCACUUUUUUUUCUUUGUCUUCUCUUCCAUCCUCCUCUUCUUUUUUGUUUUGUAAUCCUCUUCCUUUUUUUCUUUUAUUUUCUCUUCACAUCCUCCUCUUCUUUUGUUUUGUAAUCCUCUUCCUCUUUUUUUGUUUUAUCUUCUCUUCCCUCAUCCUCUUCUUUUGUUUUGUAAUCCUCUCUCUAACUUUUUCUUUUAUAACUUCUCUUCCAUAUCCUCUCUUCUUUUUUUUUUGUCCUCUCCUUUUUUCUUUUUUUCUUUUAUCUUCUCUUUUUUGUAAUCCUCUUUUUUUUUUUUUGUUUCUUUCCAAUCCUCUCCCUUUUUUUUCAAUCUUCUCUUUUUCUUUUUUUUCUUUCUUCUCUCUUUCUUUGUUUUGUAACUUACACUCUUUUUUUCUUUUAUCUUCUCUUCCUCAUCCUCCUCUUCUUUUGUUUUGUAACCUCUCUCUCUUUUUUAUUUUGAACUUACUCUUUAUUAUAGCAACCUCCUCUUUCUUUUGUUUUCUUCUCUUCCCUCCUCCUCUUUUUUGUUUUGUAACUCUCCUCUUUUUUAUUUGUCUUCUCUUACAUCCUCCUCUUCUUUUGUUUUGUUGUCCUCUUCCUCUUUUUUUCUUUUUUUUCUCUUCACUCCUCUUCUUUUCAACCCUCUCUUUUCUUUUUUGUUUUAUAACCUCUCUUUUGUUUUGUAUGUCUGAACUUUUUUCUUUUAUUAUAGCUUCCCCUCUCUUCUUUUUUGUUUUUGUAAACUCUCUUCUCUUUAUAUGUCUGAACUUACAUUCUUAUUAUAGCAACCCCCUCUCUAAUUCUUUUGUUUUCAAAUUCUCUCCACAUUCCUUUUUUUUUUGUAAUCCUCUCUCCUCUUUAUAUGUCUUCUCUUCCCAUCCUCCUCUUAUUUUGUUUUCCCAUCCUCUUCUCUCUAAUUUUUUUUGUUUUAUCUUCCACUCUCUCUUUUUUAUUUCUUUCUUCCCAACUUCUUCUUUUUUUUUUUUAACCCCUUUUCUCUAA